GGUGUUUAGCGUUACCAUGGAGCCCCGAGCCUCCCUCGGACGCGGCUGGUCGCCACGGGCAACCGGAGCGGCCGCAGGCAGACGGAGGUUUCGGCGAGCACACCGGCUGAGAUGGUGACUAACCCGGUGCACGGCCUGCCCUUUAUCCCGGGCGCGUCCUUUACGGACUGCACGAAAACAGCGUUUCACAGGAGCCAGACACUGGGCUACAGGAAUGGCUAUGCAGUUGCUCGACGUCCGACAGUUGGGAUCGGCGGACAACGGCUCCAGGUCAACGAGCUGUCCCAGCCUGAGCUGGAUGAGUUGGCCAGCAAGGCUCCAACCCUAACUUAUGGCCAACCCAAGCAGGCACCACCCGCGUACUUUGUUCCUGCACAUGUGGCUUUUGACAAAAAGGUGCUGAGAUUUGAUGCGUAUUUCCAAGAAGACAUUCCUGUGUCGGCCGAGGAGCAUUACAGGAUCCGUCAGGUGACCAUUUACUACUACCUAGAGGAUGACAGCAUGUCUAUCGUGGAGCCCAUUGUGGAAAACUCUGGGAUCCCUCAAGGCAAGUUAAUCAAACGCCAGCGGCUACCCAAGAACAGUGUGGGAGACCACUACCAUUGGAAAGACCUAAAUCGAGGAAUCAACAUCACGAUUUAUGGCAAAACUUUCCGCAUCGUUGAUUGUGACCGAUUCACAAAGGAUUUUUUGGAAAGUCAAGGAAUUGAAUUAAAUCCACCAGAAAAGAUGGCUCUGGACCCUUACACUGAACUCCGGAAACAGCCUGUUCGGAAGUAUGUCACCCCAUCGGACUUUGAUCAACUGAAGCAGUUUCUCACCUUUGACAAGCAGGUUCUUCGAUUCUACGCGAUCUGGGACGAUACCGACAGCAUGUUUGGUGAGUGCCGUAACUACAUCAUCCACUACUACCUCAUGGAUGACACUGUGGAGAUUCGGGAGGUCCACGAACGGAAUGAUGGCAGAGACCCUUUCCCGCUCCUGGUGAACCGCCAGCGUAUGCCCAAGGUGUUAGUGGACAAUGCAAAGAACUUUCCUCAGUGUGUGCUGGAAAUCUCUGACCAAGAGGUGCUGGAAUGGUACACUGCCAAAGACUUCAUCGUUGGGAAGCCUCUCACUAUCCUCGGGAGAACUUUCUUCAUUUAUGAUUGUGAUCCUUUCACACGACAGUACUACAAAGAGAAGUUUGGGAUAUCUGAUUUACCACCCAUUGACAUAAGCAAGCAUGAGCCACCUCCUGUGAAACAGGAGUUACCCCCGUAUAAUGGUUAUGGACUCAUUGAAGAUUCCGCUCAGAAUUGUUUUGUUCUCAUCCCAAAACCUCCCAAAAAAGAUGUCAUUAAAAUGCUGCUGAAUGACAACAAGGUGCUUCGUUAUCUGGCUGCACUGGAAUCUCCCAUCCCAGAAGACAAAGAACGUCGAUUUAUCUUCUCUUAUUUUCUAGCCACUGAUAUGAUCAGUAUCUUUGAGCCUCCUGUUCGAAAUUCUGGUAUUAUUGGGGGCAAAUAUCUUGGUAGGACCAAAGUUGUGAAACCACUCUCUUCAGUGGAUGACCCUGACUACUAUGGCCCUGGCGAUUUUUACAUUGGUGCUGUGAUUGAGGUGUUUGGCCAUCGGUUCAUCAUCCUGGAUACAGAUGAGUAUGUUCUCAAGUACAUGGAGAGCAACGCUGCCCAGUACUCACCAGAGGCCCUCGCGUCGAUUCAGAGCCGUGUCCAGAAGCAAGAAGCCCCAGCACCCGCUCCCGAAAACAUGCAAGCCAAACCGGAUCUGAACGUGCAGGGCAUGGAGGCGCUGAUAAGCGCCAUCAAGACGCACCUGAAAGAUCACCCCUGCAAAGACGGCAUUCGGGACGCAUUACAGGCUUACGACAAGGAAGCUUCAGGAUACAUGGACAAGGAGGUGUUCUUUAAAAUCUGCGAGACUCUGAGCGUCCCGCUUGAUGACUCCCUGGUAAAGGAGUUAAUUGAGAUGUGCUGUCAUGGAGAAGACAAGAUCGACUACUACAACUUCCUUCGUGCUUUCUCAGACUGACCUGGCUGACAGAAUGAGACAUAAAGUUUUGGUGUUGGAAGUCCACCUUGUUUGUACUCCACACAGAAACAUUUAUAGUGCUCCUGGAGUUAUGUUUCUUUUCUGGUUCUUCUAUGUCAUUACUACUACAGUCACCAUUAAAUUGGAUUUCACAUGAUCAAA